ACACACAAGUCAAGAAAGUAGCCGUAUGAAAAGUCUGUAGUGGAAGUUCGUGUUUGUGUUUACUUCGGGGUUUGUAUUGCUGUGUCACGCCAUCGAGUCUGCUAAAAUGUUUCCUUUUAACAUGUUUCACGAGCACCUUGCCCGACCAUUCAAUACACAGUACAGAUCGUACUCUGUGUCUAUGCUUCCUGGCAACGAACGGCAAGACGUCGAACGGGGCGGAAAGAUCAUCAUGCCACCCUCUGCACUGGAUCACUUGACUCGGCUCAACAUUGUCUACCCAAUGCUCUUCAAGCUUACCAACACAAAGUCCCAGAGGGAAAGUCAUUGUGGUGUGCUGGAAUUUGUUGCGGACGAAGGCAAAGUUUACCUGCCUUACUGGAUGCAGAAAAAUUUACUUUUAGAAGAGGGUGACAUUGUGCAAGUUGAGAGCGCCAUACUGCCGGUGGCCACAUUCUCAAAGUUCCAGCCGCUCUCUGUUGACUUCUUGGACAUCACAAAUCCCAAGGCUGUCUUAGAGAAUGCGCUGCGGAACUUUGCAUGCCUUUCAACUCGAGACAUCAUUGCUAUCGAGUACAACAACAAGAUUUAUGAGCUGUGUGUCCUGGAGACAAAGCCGGGAAACGCCGUGUCAAUCAUAGAAUGUGACAUGAGUGUCGAAUUCGCUGCGCCUGUAGGAUACAAGGAGCCCCAGUACACAAGAAAGAAGGAAGCCAAGGAAGAUGAUAUGGAUCUUGCAGCAUAUGAAGAGGAUACGACAAAGUUUGUUGCAUUUAGUGGCAAGGGUAACAGACUUGAUGGCAAAGUUCGUGCUCAUGAAGGUACAGUCAAGGAAGGGUCCAAACAUAGUGUGAGAAGAGGCAUUCCAGACUAUGAGUAUCAAAUUGGGACCCUACGGUUUAUUAGGACUGCAAGGCCCACGCAGGAUAACAGCAACGUAAAGCCAGAAGACCAAUUUUCGGCAUUUUCUGGCCAGGGUCAGACCCUAAGAUCCAAGACAAGAAGAUAGGAAUCCCUCCUUUGUCAUUCCUUUAUUGACUGGAAUAUCAUCAUCUUUUGGACUCAUGUGAUGCCAGCAGUGUACGAAGAAAAAAAAAUGAGGCUAUUUAUAAAGCAAAUCUAUGCCUUCUAUAAACGUAAAAUUCAUUGAGUUGUGCCUUGGGUUCUGACAGCCUUUCAGGACAAGUGUCUAUCUGUGAAAGAACUGAAAGAGAGCUACUGAUCUGGAUGUUUAUUUGUGCCCACCAAUGUCAAUAUACUAUGAGUGAGACAACAAAAUGUACAUGAGUGUUCCUCUUGGAG